UCCACUAUCAUUUUCUCACACAGAUUGUAAUGAUUAUCACUGCUUUGAUCCUAGUGUCGAUAAAACAGCAUCCGCUAGGGUGAUAAGUGCGCGCGUCUGUUUACAUUUCUCUUUUCUUGCGUUAUUGGGGGGUAAAUUUAGCUUAAGUUGCAGGCAUCAGCUCAGUAACCGAACAUACACAGCAUGGUCAUUGCUCUCCUCCGUCUCCCCUCAUCGGUGAACUUGGGUUGUGGCUAUUGGGUACACAAUGUUCGACCAUGCUUUUGAUGUAAAACAACUGCGCAAGAGACGGAUAGAAACAGGGGGGCGAAGAGAAGAAGAAGGGGGGACGUGAGUAUCGUGUGGUGUUGCACAAUGUUCAUCUUCAUGGGUCCUUCGCUUCGCGCAGUGGACACGCAACAUCCCUCCAUUUAUCGUUUCAGCUCGUUGCGCACACUUGUAAAUUAGCUGCUCGUUUUCUUGCGGUACGUCUUCUCUUUGCAGCUCGGCCCCUUCCAUGGUACCAAUACCUUAUUAUUUUCUCAAGUCAAGUGAGAUGAUAGAAGAAUAUUAAAUAAGACUGAAAAACAUAACAUUACCUUUUCGCACAAGCUGAACAUUAAUUAUUGACAAAACUUUGCCAAAGUACUUCUCCCAUUCACAUCUACUCUGAAAGUUCAAAUGGAUAAGAAAAAGCAAAAGACAACACCUAGACUGGAUAAAGAAGAACACAAUGAGAGGACAGAAGACAGGAAGAGAAUGAGAAAAACCAAAGGGGCUGAACCAGAAGCUUCUCCAAAGAGUAUUACAAGUGAAGUUAAGCAGCAGCAGCAGCCUAGUCUGGGGGAGUUAACAGAUACAAAGUCUGACCAGUCAGAUGGAAAUUUGAGAAUGAAAAUAGGGGUUGGAGCGAAACGGACAAAGAAGCCCCCAAAGAGCCUUGAGAACUUCAUAUGCAGGCCCACAAUCAGAAUCUCUCAGAGGCUUGCACAUGGAGAUGGUCAUAGUCCAUGUGGAGGUGAAGUCUCCAGUUCUGAGAUCAGAGUAGCCAAGCAGUCACAUCUUGAGAUUCAGAAAAAAGAUAGGAACGAUUGCAUUUCUCCAAAAGCAUCCACAAGGCUGAGUGUCCCACUUUCCACUUCAUCCAGAAAAGCUGACUCUACACCAGUCAUUACAGCCUCUAAAAAGGCUCCAUCAAAGCACUUGAGGAAGACUGACUCAAAGUCAUUAUUAACAUCAGAUGGACCUCCGCAUGCAGUUCAACCACAGACAGAUAGCAAAGUACCACUUUCAGAUAGGAUAACCUCCUCUACCUUGCUGAAGCAGACGUAUUCACCUCCAGCUGCCCCUUCUCCACCUUCCUCAUUACAACAGAACUCCAGUCCACAAGACAGCACCCAAGUUUUAAAUGCUCAAAAAGAAAAGGGUGAAGAUCUCCCAACUGGAGAAGCAAUGACCUCCUCCCUCAGUUCACAUGGUUCAAAUGAUGAAAUGAAUGCUCAGACAUCUCAGCAGUCCUCUUCCAAUAUUGAAAAUGACAGUGAAAGCACAUCACUUCCAGUAUCAUGUGGUGAGAAUUUAGAAAAGCAAGCUCCCUGCCCUCCAAAAAAAACUAGAAUUAGGGAAAGUAAUGUUUACAAGGUUUUAAAUGCAAAAGAGAGAGAAGAUGGAGAUUCCGCAUGUUCCAAAAACAUGAGUAGCACCAUAACUAACAGUAGGAGUAAGGAAAAUGGUUUAUUGCAUCAGCAAAGUCCCUCUAUCAAGACAUCAAUGCUCCUUACUGCUUCAGAUGAAUCUGCCGAAUCAGCAACUCCUGAGAACAGCACUUGUACGCCAGAGUUACUAUACAGCAGAGGAAGGAAUAAGAAGUAUACUGAAAGUGAAGUUAUAGAUGACACCAGAAAGAUGACUGUGGAACCUACUCAAGCUGUUGCUGUCCAGCCAAAAGAUGGCAGCAGGGUGGGGCAUAUCAUUGACAAGAAUAAGAAAAGAACUAGGCAUAGUGCAAACCAGGACGAAGAUGUGCAGUGUUCCUCUCAACCCCCUGGGUGUACAGAUUCUCAGUUUAACAGUUAUGUUCCAAGUGAUGAGCCACCUUCACAUCCCAAACAAGACGUCAUGUCACAGAAGAAACAAAAAGCUGUUCAGAUGACUAAGAUGGAAAAUCCGGGCGAGAAGAUGGAGCUGUUGAAGACUGCUAAUGUUAGUUCCACUGCCUGUAAAAAGAUUCCACAAAAAAUGAACCUUAAAAAAAUUCCUUCCAUUAAGUCAUCAGAGGCAUUGUCAACACAGCAGGGUAAAUCAAGACAAGUUGGAAAACUUUCUAAAUCUAAACAACUGCAAAAUUCAUCACCUAGAUCAGAAACCUUUUCCUUUGAGCCCCCUCAUAAGAAAAGGGGUCGUCCAAAAAUGGCCAGGUUGGAAGAGACUCCUCAGGAAAGUAAGUCUCAAAAGUCCUCUACUAAAUUCCCCAUACUUGAACAUGCAAAAAUCCCUGAUCCAGACAAUGGCCUGAAAAUCUCAAAACCAGCUCCCAAAACACUAGGUCAACCCAAACGUUCCAUCUCUGUCCAGAAGAAGAGAUCUAAAUCACUAGACUCAGCAUCAGUGAAGAGGGGUGCUGAAGGAAAACUCAAACCCUCCUUGUCUAAAGCUAGAGAUGCUCAGAUCAGCCGCAAACGAAACAGGUUGAUAAUGAAGACAGUAAUCACAAAUAUCAAUAAGAUGAGAGUGAAGAAGAAGGAUAAGGUACUUACACAGUUCCUUUCAGGGCAAAGCCAAAGUAACAAAUCAGAUUUUGCUCAGAAAGACAAUGAAGGUGAUGCAGAUUGUUCAGUUUCAGAUGGAACACACUCUUUAUCCUCACUUGUUACCUCUUUUGGGGGAAAACUUGGUCCACAAAUAAAUAUCAGCAAACGUGGAACUAUCUACAUAGGAAAAAGGAGAGGUCGUAAACCUAAAGCUCAAAGAGAAACUUCUGGUCAAGACUCUGAACAAGUUCUGGGUCAAAAGUCUCAGCAAGUCUUGACAGAGUCUUCUAAUCAUUUGAACUCUUGGUCCACCUCUGGUGAACAUAGUCAUUCAUUUGAUGGCCAGUCUCCUUUGUGCAGCUCUCCCUAUUCAUUUAAACAUCUUGAGUCCCCUUCGCACACUCUUAGUUCUUUCCGAAGAAAGCUUCAUCUUGGCAACCGUGAAUAUGAUCAACAUUCUGCUCCAAAGGUAACCAGUUCCCAAAAGGUUAAAGCAUUGCACGAAGAGAAAUCGAAACCUCCUUCCUCCUCACAAACUGCACCACGCCCUUCAGCCACAUCCCAGUUAGGCUCUGUAAGGAUUCAAGACCGUAGAACUACACACCUUGGACGAUCAGUAUUGAUGGAGCAAGAAAGACUCAAAUACAAGUGCCAUAGAAAAGGUCAUAAUUGCUUCAGCCAUGAUAAGAUUAGGGGACAUAAACACAAAUGUAAGAAGAAAUAUCUUCAACUCAGGGCUAAAAGGCAAGACCCAGCCUUCCUGGCAGAGAUUGAGGAGUUAGUGGUCAGACUUAGUGAGAUUCGUAUUGUGCAUCAUAUCUCAUCACGAGGGCGUGGGGAUGAAGCAAAAUCUGGAAGGAAGAAUGGGAAAGGGAAAGCUCAUCCUCACGUUCUUCAAUGUCUACCACAAAACCUUCAUCAUCCAGCCAUGUUUCAAAUCAACUUCAGUGGUUACUACUCCCCUCAGUCAGAAUUAUCUCGUGACUCUCUGCAUUAUGUCGGAUUGGCAGAUUUUAAGAGGAACAAUGGGUGUCCCUCUCAACCAGGUGAACACAUUGUCACACAUUGCCCGGUAGUGCACAAACUUGGCUUUCCACUGUCAGGAGGCGGUUGUUACCAUCCACCAUACAAAAUGCCACUCUCUACCACUUCACUUGGUUUUGGACUUUAUAGGGGAUACCCUCCAUCUGCAACUAUAUACCCUUCGUCACCCUUUUUACCCUCUUAUGUGCACCCCUACUCCAAAAAUCCCAUUUUAAGUCCAUCAAAGUUCCAUAAAAAGAAGCACAAGUUUCUGAGACGUGACUCUCUACUUUGUGGCGGGAAGCCACAGGGGACAUAUGCUAAUGUAACAUCUCAUUCCCCUAGUGACUGGUUCAGUAGAAAUAGCUGGCAAAGAGAAGACAACAGAGAGCAGGCUAGAGAUAAAAGGUUUGUGGAUGAUAGGCUUAGAGAAAGAGAAGGAAUAGAGGGUUUACUAGGACAAAGUAAGCUUGGAAAAGACCCUUUCAGAAGGGUUACACCCUCAAAUCCCCCCUGCUCUUCUUCAACACCCUCAAAACAAGCAGACAAACACAAAACUUCACCACUUUCAUAUAUAGGACCUGCACAUCUGAGACCAGUAUCAAAAGUUAGGUGGGCAGAGCAUCAGCAGCCAUGGAGGUGGAGAGAGAGCACUCAGGUAGGGUAGGGGAAGGG